GACCCCUCCCCCAGUAAAGACACCAGCCCUGGGGUCUCCACAGUCUUCAUGGGCUUCGUGAUCUUCUGGGGUUGGGGAGACAGAGCCCCCACCUAGAAUAGGGAACAGAGCCCCCAAAUGGGGCAAAGACCCACACAAAAUGGUGGGGGGUGGGAGGGACUCUGGAUUGUCGCCCCACAUCGGUGCUGGUGAUGUCACAAGGGAACAACCCCGGACCCGGGACCCUUCCCGACACCCCCACAGAGGACCCCGCCCUGGGGUGACCCCGCCACCUUCACGCAUCCUUUGGGUCCCAUGGGCCCCUCCGAAGCUCCGCCCCCCGCCCUCUUGUCACCCGUCGCUACAGUGACAGCGUUGGCGUUUUGGUGGCGUUUCCCUCCGGGGCGGGGCUUCCUCGCCCAAGUCCCCCCAAAACGGUCCCCGCGGCCGCCCCGGCCCCAUUUGUCCCCGGCUCCCGCGGGAUGCGGCCCCAGAGAGGUCCCCCCCGCGCCGCUCCGCCCCAGACGGUGAAGCAGCUGCUGAAGGAGCUACGGCAGCAGAAAAGCAGGGAAGGGGCGAGAUCCCCGGUUUUGGCUGUGCCCUCCCCGCGCCCCUCGGAUUGUGCCCCCUGGCCCGGCGCCCCCGCGGUGUCGCCCAGCCUCUGCGCGGUCCCUCCUGUGUCGCCCCAUGGCAGCCCGAGGGGGGCUCAUGGGGGAAGGGCCUCAGCUCCGAGGGGGCUCCAGGCUGCUGCCAUCCCUGGCCCUGCCUGGCCCCAUCCCCCAGUGCCGUGGGGAGAAUUUGGGCCCCCCCUGCUGGGAAGGGAGACCCCAGACCCGUAUCCUGAACCCCACGAACUGGCAGCUGCCCGCGCUGCACUGGGGGGCCGUGACCCCCGGGAGCUGCUGUGGCAGGACGAGGAAGGGGACACGCUGCUGCACGUGCUCUGUGCCGGGCGGCUGCGGGCGCUCGCCCGGGCUGCAGCCGAGGCCCUGCGGGACCUGGGGGGACUCGAGGUGCGGGAGCACCUGGGCAAGACUCCACUGCUGGUGGCAGCAGCAGCUGCAGCCCCAGAGAUUGUACGGGACCUGCUUGUCCUGGGGGCCAAUCCUGAUGCUGCUGACCACAGGGGUCGCACUGCCCUGCAUCUGGCUGCGGCCUAUGGGCACCCUCAAAUCCUCCAGGCCAUGAUCUCCUCAGGGGUUCCUGUCAACGUGGAGGCCAGAAAUUUUGAAGGUCAGACCCCUCUGCACUGCGCUGUCCUGGCCCACAACGCCUCGCUGCAGGGAGGGCACACCCCCGCGGGGGGCUCUGGAGGGGGGUCCCCCACUCCCCAGGACCGAUUCCGCUGUGUGGAGCUGCUACUGCAGAUGGGGGCGGACAGCAGCAGCCAGGACACCAAAAGCAGCCAGACAGCAUUGCACCUGGCCGUGCGGGGAGGCAACCUGGCCCUGGCCCACCUACUGCUGCGCCAGCCUGGCAUGGCCCCCCGCCUUGUCAACAUGAAGGCCCACGGGAACACCCCCCUGCACAUGGCAGCAGCACUGCGUGGGACCCCCAGCCAGGAGCCCCUCGUGAGGCUGCUCCUGGCCUGGGGUGCCGACCCCAGCGCCCGCAACCUGGAGCACGACCUGCCCCAGGGCCUGCUGCCCCCUGGGUCCCCCGGAGACCAGCUCCGCCUCCUCCUGAGGAGCCGCCGGGGGUCCCACCGGCCCCCCCACACCGCCGAGUGACGUCAGAGGGGCGGGGUCUCCCGGCUAUCAGAUGGGGGGACACCCCCAUAUUGGGGGACACCCCCAUAUUGGGGGAUUUCCCCCCGCCAUGUUAAUGUUUCCUGAUUUCAAUGAAAUUGCCCCCAAAUUUCUGUGAAAUGAGUCUGAACCACAUUGGUUUGGUGGGGGGAGGAGCACGGAGGGGGUCCAGCUCCCCCUUCCCCCCUCCAUAGAGCCCUCCCCCCCAGCCUCAUUAAUAGGGGCUGCUAAUGAGGGGCGUCUCCUCUAUAGUGAGGGAAUUGGGGUGGAGCAUUCCAAAUUGGAAGGGAAACCUAAAAACUGAGGGAAUUCUGG